UCUCUCCCCUCUCCGCUCCUCUCUUCUCUUCUCCGCUCCGCCGCCGCCGCCCGCCCCCCCGAAACCCUAACCACCCUAGAUCGCGGGGCCGCGGUUGGUGGCCGGGGGAGGAUGGCCAGCAAGUUCGGGCUCGCCGGGGGCAUCCCGGAGAGGCGGGUGCGGCCGAUCUGGGACGCCGUCGACUCGCGCCAGUACAAGGCGGCGCUCAAGCUCUGCACCGCGCUCCUCGCCAAGCACCCCACCUCCCCUUACGUCCUCGCUCUCAAGGGUCUUAUUUUGGAAAGGAUGGGGAAGCCUGAUGAAGCACUCAGUGUGUGUUUGAAUGCCAAGGAGCUGUUGUGUUCUGACAACAUUUUCCAUUUUGAUGAUCUCACUCUUAGCACACUGCAGAUAGUCUUUCAAAGACUUGAGCGAUUGGAUCUUGCUACUUCAUGCUAUGAGUACGCUUGUACGAAGUACCCUAAUAACUUGGAAUUAAUGAUGGGCCUUUUUAAUUGCUACGUCAGAGAGUACUCGUAUGUGAAGCAGCAACAGACAGCAAUAAAAAUGUACAAAACUGUUGGAGAAGAAAGAUUUUUGCUUUGGGCAGUGUGCAGUAUUCAACUGCAGGUACGCUUUAGCAGUGGAGGUGAGAAGCUAUUACCACUGGCUGAAGCAUUGCUUAAAAAGCACAUAACUUCUCAUAGUUUACAUGAGCCAGAAGCUCUAGCUCUGUAUAUUUCAAUUCUGGAACAACAGUCAAAGUAUGAUGCUGCUUUGGAAGUUCUUUCUGGAGACUUGGGAUCUCUCAUGGGAAGGGAGGAGGAGAAGCUUCGUCUGCAGGGACGACUUCUUGCUCAAGCAUGUAACUAUGCUGCUGCUUCUGAGAUAUAUCAAAAGAUCCUUGAAUCUUGUCCUGAUGACUGGGAGUCCUUUCUCCAUUAUUUAGGCUGCUUGCUGGAGCAUGGCCUGAACUUGCCUAAAUCAAGGGCCAGUGAACACACUUCUUUGUUAUCUGUAGAUUCACCUCUUGCCCUUAAGACUUCUCUGAGCAAGGAGCUGGUAGAGUCUCGCCUUGCAAAUGCAUUAUCAUUUGUGCAAAAGCUACAGGGAAAUGACACCAGCGAAUGUGUCAGAGGACCUCAUUUAGCCAAUAUUGAAAUUGAGCGGCAGCGGCGUCUCAGUGGAAACUCAACUGACAGAAAUUUCUUUGAAGCUUUGGUAAACUACUUUCACAGAUUUGGUCACUUGUCUUGUGCACCAUCAGAUGUUGAGAUAUACCUUCACAUGCUAUCAAAUGAUGAAAUAACUGAAUUGUUAGAUACAAUCUCUAGAUCUUUUGAUACAUCAUCCCUUUCAGUAAAAGGGCUGGGUUUGACCAUAACUAGUUUUAAGGUUCAAGAACUCUUGGGAAUAUUUUUCUCAAAAUCAACUACAGAACUCCAGUCCAUUGCAAAAGGAAUGGUUGAGACAUUUUAUAAAAGCUUACCUCUGUCAAGAGACCUUGAUCCUCAAGAAAGCAUGCAUGGUGAAGAAUUGCUAUGUAUGGCCAGCAGUAUUCUUGUACAGCUAUUCUGGCGUACCAGAAACUUAGGAUACUUAAUUGAAGCAAUUCUGGUGCUGGAGUUCGGAUUGACUGUUCGCAAGUAUGUCUGGCAAUACAAAGUUAUUCUGGUGCACCUCUACUCUUACCUGGGAGCACUUCCAUUAGCAUAUCGAUGGUAUGUAACCCUGGAGGUGAAAAACAUUCUUCUUGAAUCCGCCUCACACCACAUCCUGCCGCAAAUGUUGAGUUCACCUUUAUUGCAACAAACUGCUGACCUUGUUAAGGAUUAUCUAAAAUUCAUGGAUGAUCAUUUGAAAGAAUCUGCUGAUCUUACCUGUCUUGCAUAUAGACACCGUACUUACUCAAAGGUAAUUGAAUUCGUUCAGUUCAAAGAACGUCUGCAACACUCCAUGCAGUAUCUUUCCAUGAGAUCUGAUUCCAUAAUAUUGAGUCUGAAGCAGAAGGCUGAGUCUCUUGAGGAAGUGGAGUCAAUUAUUGAGAAUGUGAACCAUGGAUCAAGGCUGGUUGAACUAUCGAACAGAGACAAUAUGGAACAAUUUACUUUUAAUGAAGAUCUUCAGGCACGUCCUUGGUGGACACCAACAACAAAUGUUAAUUUUCUAUCAGAACCAUUUGAUGAAGGCUCUUCACCUGCAUGCUUUAGAGCCAAAGUGUUUGAACACAAAUCUAUUGAGAAGGAUGAUCCAAAGAUAAAAGAUGCUGAGAGAAAAUCUCUUCUUCCUCGUAUUGUUUAUCUUUCAAUGCACGGUUGUGCAUCUUCCUUCAGAGAGACUGAACCCAAUGGAUCUGGUUUGGGUACUGAUGCCGCAGAGAUGAAACCAUUACUUGAGAAAUAUGCUAGGAGUAUUGGAUAUUCCAUUGAUGAUGCUCUUAGUGUGAUUCUGGGUAUGUCGUCUGGCAAGAAGUCUGUCAAGGAUUUUGCCCCUGAUAUAGUCAGCUGGAUGAGCUUUGCUGUAUUUAUCAAUGCAUGGAACUUGUGGUCUAAUGAGUCGGUAAUCCCCAAAGCUGACCAGAGCAGCCCAAGUUCUUGGCAAAUUGUGGAUAGCUUGGUCAAAAUUUGCAUAGAGCAGCUGAUUGAUGCCAACCGAACCCUUACUUCUCCUGGCAAUAGUAUUCCAGUCCUAGUGCAGAUGAUUACAGAACCCAUUUCUUGGCAUCUUUUGGUAAUUCAAUCUUGUGUGAGAUCGAUGGCUCCACAAGGAAAGAAGAAAAAGAAAGGUGGUCCAUCAGAGCGACCAAAUAUACCUCGGCUGCAGGCAACUCAAAGAUCUGUGCAGUGCAUGAUUGAAACACUCCGCAGUGUUCAAUCCUGGUUAUCUGACCAGACGAGACCAGAGGAGCAAGCUUUGGAUAUUCUGAUGUCAUAUUUGCAAGGAGGUAGCGACGAUGGACCAGGACAAAUACCCUGUAUCUUGGAGGAGAAUUCAGCAAGACAUAACCCUGAACUUGGCGAACGGUUUGCUCAAUCUCUGGAAACAUGGAGUUCUGCAGGUGUGAUAAGAAGAAUCGUUGGAGCAGAGAAGGAGCUGCUAGUCGAGUUGAAGAAAAUAUGCGACUCAAAACUAAAGCUGCUUGGCUCAGUAUCAGCUUCUCUAUCAUCAGCCUUACAUUGAAAUUGAAAAAUUUUGCUCGUGAAUUUUAUUCCAUUUGUUGACAUGUUGUGAGUGUAAACUGCUUGGCCUUUGCGCCGUCCAUUCUUUGUUUCCAUGAGAUUUUGCUGGAGUGACAUCUCA